UAUUUUACACUUGUAAUAUGAAUUUUAAAAACGUAUAAAAUUGUCCCUUUGUCACCUAUAAAUUUUACAUACUCUAAAUGUUUUAUUUUACAAGCAGUCUACAUUUCAAGAUAGGGUAGCAGGUGGCUAUAUAUACGGCAUCAAUCCGACUUCUACGACAUUUUUGUGAAGAAUUUCAUCAAAUAUUCUUGUGCACAAUGAUCAGACGAUUUCUUGAAAGCUUGGAAGAUGAUGAAAUGCCUUUUUUUGCACCUAAUUACUGGAUAAUGAAGAAAAGUGGCUUAAUUUUGCCAGACACGGGUUUACUUAAAUACGUCUAUGUAAUAAUACAUUUAACUGGUACACUCUUUAUUGUCAGCCAAUAUGUAGAACUGUACGUAAUAAGAUCAGAUAUAAAUCUUGUUAUAUCAAACCUGAUGAUUACAAUGAUGAGUGAAGUGUGUUUCUUGAAAGCUGACUCGUGCGUGUUCUGGCAAAAACAGUGGAGAGAACUUAUUGAUUAUAUAACAGAAGCUGAUAAAUUUGAAAGAGAUAAUAGUGAUCAGGUGAAACGCAAAAUCUUUGAUAAGUAUAAAACAUACUGUCGCAAAAUAUCUUACAGCUAUUGGGCCAUAACGUUCACAACUUUCAUAGUACUUAUUAGCACUCCAUUAAUACAUUUUUUACCUUUCCCAUCACAAAAUGAGGUUCCUCAAAAUAGAACGGAGGUAUUUUCACCCAUAUUCAGCUCAUGGAUGCCGUUUGAUAAAUAUAGUUCCCCAGGAUGUUGGAUCACUGCGUUAUGGCACAUUUCGUUAUGCGCAUCUGGAGGGCUUAGUAUGACUGCUUAUGAUUGCAGUUCUAUCGUAAUAAUGAUGUUUUUUGAAUGUAAACUGGAUUUGUUCAGACAGAGGUGUAGAGAAAUGUUGGGCAGCAAUGACAAAGCAAUUUCAGAUCAAGAUGCUGAAAUCGUCAUCCGUCAACUUCAUGAAAUCCACAUAAAAAUAAUAAAAUACAUGAGAUUGUUCAAUUCCCUGUUAUCACCGCUAAUGUUCUUUUACAUAUUUAAUUGUUCGCUAAUGCUUUGCGCUUGUGGAUAUCAGAUUACAUCUACGUCAAAUGCAGCCCAACGAUUACUAGUGGGAGAAUACUUUGUAUUCGGUAUCGCACAACUCUUUGUAUUCUGCUGGCAUAGUAAUAAAGUAAUUGUUAAAAUCGAUAGUCUUAUGUAUGGGCCUUUUGAGAGCAACUGGUGUCCAGCCAGCGUUCGGCAGAAAAAAUAUGUUUUGUUUCUAAGUGGGCAACUACGAAUCCAACACAUCUUCACCGCUGGACCAUUCACUAACCUAACACUGUCUACUUUCAUUACGAUUUUGAAAGGAGCAUACAGUUAUUACAUGUUGCUAAGAAAAUAAAAAAUAAAUCAGGCAACUGAUGCUGGAGUUUGUUGCACCAUCAUCAUAUUAAAUUUUUAUUGUUUUAACCUGACCACGGUCAAAAUAAGGAAUGAAGUUUUCAUGUAUAAGCAAAGACAAGUUAGAGCGUGAAUAUGCACCUUUUUAAAGGAGCGUAAAUGGAACGGGACCCCCAUUUUAUUAUUGUUACCACCUAAUGGCAUAAUAAUAGACAGACAACUAUUUCUUAGUAUAUUUUUAUUCGACUUAGUCCGAAAAUCUGUAUCGAUUUGGCGAUUGGCAACACUACCUAAUUUUUGUGCUUGUUUUGAUUUUCAAGUUGUCAGUUUAUGUCGGCAAGUUUUAAUAAUUUAUUUAUUUUUAAUAUAAUAUUAAUUGCUUUAUUACUACUAUUAUUGUAUUAAAUAUAAAUUGAUACAAUGGCGAAUUCCAUAAACAAAUUUAUACCAGUUGCUCUUUUCUGUUUCGGUUUACUAAAAACAGGUCUUUACUAACAUAAUAAGGGCUUCAAAAUGAGUAGUUUUAUAUACAUUGCAGUGCCAGAAGUGUCACAGUACAUUAAGUACUGGAUUAGUGACUGAUCCUGCUUAGGGUAGGUGUUAAUUGAAUAUACAAACCUUCUAUAAAAAGAAAGUUUAAAUGAGUGGGUAGUAACUUUGUUCUAUAUUUAAAGAUUGUUACAACCUUAAAUAUUACUGUUGGAUAUGAGGUUCAUUCUUUCUAAAUUAAAAGAACUAUACUAUUUUUAUGACAGUUAGCUUUGUAUAUUUUGAAUUUUCCCUUAUACAUUUGUAUUAUGCUGACAUAAGCUUUCAUGAAAUCCUUGGAAUGUAGAGUGACAUUACAAUAUAACUCCAUUAUCACAGUUUUUGAUAUAGUGUAAUAUAACUAAUUUUGCUCUCUUAUUGCCAACUGCUGUCUUUAUUUUCUUAUCAGAUUGAAUACUAUCUUAUUUCUUAAAUCAGAGCAAACAAUAAACAUAUACAAAAUUUCAUGAAAAUCAGUUGGUCGGUUUCAGAGAUUAGCACAAAUGAAAAAUAAAUAUAAAUAAUUUUUGUACUGUCAUAUUUCUGGAUUACUGUAUCUAAUCACCGCCAAUAAUACUGCACUUGGUUUUUAAGUUUUACAGCACAAGUAAUGUAAUUAUUAAUAUAUUCACUUGGAUGGAUAGUUGCCAAAUAUGGUGGUAUUAGCACCAAAAGAUUUUGUUCAUCACUCGAUCUUGGUAACUAUUGCAAUUAUGUGCGUGAACCUGGUGAUAAGCUGGAGUACAGGACUUGCAUUUACACAUGUGGCAGUGACGGAUGCAACACAGCAUCCAACAAGAGGGUAUCGACACUAUAUUUAUUGUUUAGUU